CGGCCUAACCGACUGCACACCACGAACUCAACUUUGGAAUGGCUGGCCGCUGGCUGCAUGUGUCACUAACGUUCUUAAUGGGCAAUUAUCGAAUGCUGUUACUCGAUGAUCGUUCCGCUUGUCGAUGAUCACUCACAUCACCCUCAGCUACCGAAAAUGGACAGUCGUUGCUGCUGUUGUCCGGCACGGUGGUGGACCAAGAGAUCCUAGUAAUCUGGACUUCGAUUGCAGAGAUUUUCGACACGACAAGAUACAGCGGAAUUUGCUGCGGCCGUCGGAUAGUGACUCUGGAUUUCUGAGGUCUGAAAAUGGAGUUGUACCAGUCAAUGAGGAUUUGGCCCAUACAUCGGUGCAACGCUCACAUUACUCGGACGAAUGUGGUGUGCCACAGCCCCAUAUCACUCAUGACCGGUGUUACGCAGUCAUCACUGCUCAGAAAGCAACGUCUGCCCGUGCGGGCGGGCGCAACCACCGCGCAAGAUGUAAGACACACUAUACGCUCUGUGAACCAUCAAGGCUCCUCGAUAAGGUCUGGAGACAUGUACCAAACUCUGCAUCACGGCAUUCAGAGACCAGGUGCCGUCCGCCUCCACUCUAACGCUCAGGCCAUGACCACGUCGGGAACGUUGAUUGGAGACCAAUUUGUAGUCAAAGGCGCCGUCACCGGCAACACGAGCCCGCUCAACAGUGUAAAACCUUCCCUUGGGUCCGAUUACUCUAACCCGCAUGAUUAGAGCUUGAUUCUCAUGUAACAAGAUCUACAAGUCAUCAUCACACUGCAUCACCAUCCGCGACUAAUUGUUC